AUGAAGUUUUGGAAGUGUAACUCUAAAAGAGAGCGACGAGCAGCGGCUGAAGAAGCAGAGUGCGACGGCUGUGGCAGAGAUGGCGACGAAGGACGCAACGUCAGUGAGCUACUGCUACCUCAGUAUGCCCUGGCGACUGGUGGGUUGGCCAAGGACCACCGGCCGCUCAUCACCUUCCCCGAUAACAAUAACUUCCACUUCAUCACGCCAAGCGAAUAUCGCAGGCUACUUCUCUACCUCACUUCAGUGCCCUCGUUAUUGGAAGCAGAUAUGGGCUUCCACAUAAUAAUAGAUCGAAGAAAAGACAGAUGGAAUUCUGUCAAAACAGUAUUAUUAAGAAUCUCCGAAUUUUUUCCAGGCAUAAUUCACACUGUAUUCGUUUUGAGACCAGCAAGUUUUCUACAGAAAGCUCUAUCGGAAGUCAGUAGUAAGCUAUUCAAAGAGGAGUUCCGGUUCAGGGUGCUGGUAUGUUCUUCAGUUGAGGAGUUGUAUGAGCACUUCGAUAGGACACAGCUUACGCCGGACCUCGGUGGGGAACUACAGUAUUCACACGCUGAGUGGAUACAGCAACGGAUAGCAUUGGAAAAAUUUUCUACCCUGAUGAAGGAGAUCUCCAGUAAACUAGACGAGUUUAUGCAUGAGAUUGUAGACUGCGAUAUGGGAAACGAUCCCACACAAACCAAAGAAUUAUUAGACUCUCAGGAAUCUAGGUAUAAUGCUUUAAAGUCAGAUCUGGCGUGGGCUACAACGCAAGGCGAAGACUUACUGGCGCAAGUACGGAAACCAAAUCUUACUUAUAAUAUAAUCAGCCACGUCGCUGCAGUUGAAAGAUUACUGGUUCAACUGGACGAGACUGAAAAACAAUUUGACAACUCCUGGCAAAAACAUUCCACGAAGCUAAACCACUGGCUGAAAUUCAGAACGUUUUUAUUAAACUUUAAACAGAUGCAGGCUGCUCUUGACAAUCAUCUAAAGAUGGCAUGCGACAUGACUGAGGUGGGCGAGACAGCAAGUAGGGUAGACAGCCUUUUACAGGAAGCAGGCGAUUUUGAGAAACUUUGCAACUGUGAUCUUGAAACUGCAACUUCGGUUAUUGAAGACGGAGAAACAUUAAUGAAAGACCCAUUGAGUUCAGUGGAUCACAUUGAAUCAAAAUGUGAAGAACUGAGAAGAACCAGCGCUUUACUCGUAGAGAAGAUACAAAAACGAAAUCUACUUCUGACCAAAACUAGGGAACUCAUGGACAGGAUAGAUAAGGCAAACGACUGGUGUGCAAAUGGAGUGGAACUUCUUGCCAGCGAAGGCGGAUUGACAGCAGUGGAUAAGUUGAUUGAGGAUGCCCAGACCUUUGGCCUGACAGGUCCUGACCAGUUCAGAGAUAUGCUCAUGCACUCCGCCACGCAAGAGACCAGAGCGCUUGUCACACAGGUGGCGCAACGAGUGGAAGACGUGUGGCUGAUGGUGUCGGUGAAACGCGCCACAUUGCAGCGCGCGGCCGCCAAACCAGCGCGGCCCGUGCAGUCCGUGCCGCCGCAGAGCGCUUCGGCACCUGCCCUUACCAACCACAAGUGUGUAAAAAAAUUACCUACAUGUACGCUAAACGGACGCAUUGCCAACAUUCUCUCUGGAUUUGAUAAGAGUCCAGAAAGUAGAAGUACAUUUAUAUAA